GAGGUGGUCGACAGGGACCUCAACUCGGCAGUAGGAAGGUCUGAGCCGGAGCGUAAGGAUGGCUCUCCUGGGCGUGUGGCUGUUGUCUGCUUUGACGCUCCUCUACCUAGGGGUCCCCAAGGUGCAAGGAGGCAAAAUAUUCUUCCCUGAUUCACCUGAAGCAGAGGGGCUCUCAGCGACGCCUUCAGACACCCGGGAGGAGCGGGGACUAUGGGAGAGUGACCUCUUCUUCCUUCAGAAGUUAUCAGGGCUGUUCGGCAGUGAUGAUAAGCCGCAACGCCGCAAGGCUACAACUCGUCCUAACCUGCGACCGGAACUCUUGCCGCCGCAGUUUCUUUAUCACAAUCGCCGCACGGGUACCAAAAACCCCGGACACCUGAACCAAGUGGGCGUGAGACAGGUCACCAGGGUUCCGGUCAGGUCACCUCCACACCUGCCGUCGCCUCAUCAGGGUUUUCAGGUGUUUGGGCGGCCCCUACCAAACCCACAAGGGCUUAAACCACCUCCACCCCGCCAGAACGUUCAUGUCAUCACCCCGUCGACACAGAACGUCCCUCCACCACCAGACUCCUUAAGUCAGUAUUCCCAUAACCAACAAGUUGCCUUCCGCCCACCACCGCCUCUACCUGUACCACCGAAACUACCUGCCUCAGUGUCUCCCGUUCAGUCGCCGGUGAGCUUCCCCUACCAGUUCGUGAGGCCGGGCACCCACCUCCCCGAUAACAACAACAUCCCUCAUCGUCCUACCGCCAACUUCCCACCUAGGGUCAACGCACCCCAGCCCAACUUACCUCCCCGCCCGAUCUCGCUCCCCGCCAAUUUCCAAACCAGAGUAACAGUGCCACCACGUCAUAACUCACCCCACUCUCCAGCACCAAGACCUCCACCACCUGCCAAGCCUGUCAAGUCCAAGAAGCCUACACUGCUGGGGAGUUGGGCAGACUUCUCUAAUGGAGUCUUCGGCAACACGGGACGCCCUCAGAAGCAUCCUAGACCAGCACCGCAGCCCCAGAGAGUCAUCAUCCCGCCCCAUCAUAAACUGACGCAGAAGAAGGAUUUUAAACCGAGCCUAGAGUUUAAGCCAAGUCCUCAGGAAGGAAACAGCGCUUUUGAUGCCUUCCAACCUGUCUUCGUCGCCUCACCCUUCAUGGACGACCUGAGUGAUGAUGUGAUGAAGCCCAUGCGUGUGGCGGCGUUGAGGACCCCUGCCACCACCACCACCUCACAACCCAUACUCCAGGAUUUCUUCUAAAGGGAGAUAGUGAGAGAUAUAGGAGAUGUACUGUAUAUAAGUGAUGUGGUAGAUGUGACGUGGAACUCGAUCUUUCUUAAGGUAAUUCAUAACGAGUUGUAAAAUAAACCCGGUAUAUUCCUCCUGAUGAGAAAGAUUACUGUGAGACAUCUACGCUGGAUUAUGUAGAGAUAAUAUGACGUUAUAACUGAACAUAGAAAUUAUCCAUAAGACUUAAUACAGUUCAUUACAGUCUGGAUUAACUUGGGUGAAACUAAAGCAAAUGAGUUACAUGGUGUUUGGUAAGAGCAUUUAGUAAACCUACAAUACUUAAAUGCUAAAUAAAUACAAAAUAUACGAGAGAAAUUCUGUAAUGAGUAAUGAACAGGUAUAUAUAUCUAAUUGGAUACAUGGAAGGUGUGCAUAAAAUACUCAAGAGUAACUGUAUUUUAAGCCAAGUGUAUAAAUGAUGUUGAUAAUGUAUGUAUGUUAAGAUAGUCAGUAACGUAGGAACUUUUGUAAUGCCAGAAUAAGAAGCCCUUAGUAAUAUUAUUAAGACCUUGAUGUAAUUUUAUAUUUAAUGAAUGUAAAGUUGCCAACAGAUGACGCAAUUCCUAAGUUUAUUGAAUGUGUAUAACUCUGGAUAGUGUAAUGUAUGGAUGUGUAAUUCUCAUUCGUUCACUCAUCUUCUGAAUGUUCUGUAUGUCCUGUAAUUCAUCAAUUUUUUUCAUCAUUCAUUUCUUAUAUAUUUUAAAGUCUUAUUCAUAUCAUCUCUCACAAUCGUUGGCUCGUCCUCCAGUACAUUACAUAACUCAUUCACAAAACUCUCUGCAACUGUGAAUUCUAUGCAACUGUAAACUCUCUGCAACUGUAAAUUCUAUGCAAUUGUAAACUCUCUGCAACUCUCAACUCUCUGCAACUCUCAACUCUCUGCAACUCUAAACUCUCUGCAACUCUAAGCUCUCUGCAA